AUGGAUUACUCCUACCUCAACUCAUACGACUCCUGUGUGGCCGCCAUGGAGUCCGCCUACGGCGACUUCAGCCCCUGCGGCCAGGCCGGCGCCUUCCAGUACAGCCCCUUGGGGCGGCCUGCCUUCAGCGCAGCAGCCGCAGCGGGGCCCGCCUGUCCUGGCCUUGCCUCACCUCCCUGCGGCUUGGGCGCCUUGCGGGAUCACCAGCCCGCACCCUACUCCACAGUGCCGUACAAGUUUUUCUCGGACCCGUCGGGGCUAAGUGAGAAACGCAAGCAGCGUCGGAUCCGCACGACCUUCACGAGCUCCCAGCUCAAGGAACUGGAGCGAGUGUUUGCGGAGACCCACUACCCGGAUAUCUACACGCGGGAGGAGCUGGCGCUCAAGAUUGACCUCACCGAGGCCCGAGUGCAGGUUUGGUUCCAGAAUCGAAGGGCUAAAUUCCGGAAGCAGGAGAGAGCAGCCAGUGCCAAGGGUGCUGGGGGAGGGGCAGGUCCUCCAGGCACCAAGAAGGGGGAGACCCGAUCUUCCUCUGAGGAUGACGAAUCCAAGGAGUCCAACUGCAGCCCGACACCAGACAGCACGGCCUCCCUGCCUGGCCCUGGCGGCCUAGCCAGCCCAAGCCCCAGCCUCAGCCUCAGCCUCAGCCCCAGCCCUGGCCUGCCCCCAGCCCCAGCCCCUGCCCCUCUCAAAGGGCCCCUGUGGGCUGGUGGGCCAGGGGGAGGAGGAGGCGGCCCUGGGGCACCUAGCCCAGCCGAGCUGCUCAAGGCCUGGCAGCCUGCAGAGCCAGGGCCGGGUCCCUUCUCUGGCGUCCUCUCCUCCUUCCACCGGAAAGCCCCAACCUCGGCCUCAGCCACUGCUGCCCUCAAAGCCAACCUCUUCUAA